UGAAACUUCGGUGUGAUACUUCCCACAAUGCUUUAGAGCGGUAACCCUGGUAAGAGACCUCCAACAGUCAGCUGAUAAAAAUGGGGGACUUGCUCUGGAGUUUGAAGAACGGGGAUAUAGACCUGGUAAAAGCUGCUAUCGACGAACCGGGUUUUGAUGUCAACUCGGAGAUCGGAGGUCGCAUGCCCAUCCAUUAUGCAGCGGACUACGGACAACUGGACGUCAUCAAGGUCCUGCUGGCCAAAGGGGCUGAUGUGAAUAAGGCAGACAAACACGGCAUCUCUGCAGUCCUGGCAGCUAUAUGGGAGGGUCAUACUGAGUGUGUCAAGUAUCUGUUGGAAAAGGGGGCCAGGAAAGACGGCAAAGCGCCUGACGGGACCAAUUAUCUGGACUGCGCAGAGAAAGAGGACAUCAAAUGUUUGUUGAGAUGAAGAUGUCAUGACGUCGUUCUUCACUCAGUCUUUGUCAUCCUACAACCUUACACCAACAGCAAACCAUUCAAGACUCCAGUCUUGGUCCACCAUCUACAUAUAAUACCUGCGAGCUACACAUCUUUGUAUUCCUUCAGUAUUCAGCUUGUGGCAACCAUUUUAUUUGUGAGAGCACAUGCAAGAGUGUGCUAUAAGGUGCUGCAUAUACAUUUGAAACAGUUCGGAAACUCCAUUUUGACAAAAUAGUCUGAAUUCAGGCCCAACCAUGCAAUGCCAAUAGAUUUUACAAAUCGAAUGUGCUGCAAUGAUCAUGGUCAGCAUUGGUGCAUGCUACUUGCAUGGAUUAGUUUGUAAACAGUUAUAAGAAUACCAUAAAAGUAAGGACACAGAGCGAUCUUCAGUUUGAAUGCAAAGUGUUAUGCAAACCUGGUAACCAUACCAUUGGGAGCUCCCUGGUAUCUAUUUCUCGCAACGUUGUGGCCAGGGAUCACAAGCCAGGGAUUUUUUUCAGUGUGGUUUUCAAUGGGAUGGCAGUAGUAAGAACGUCUGGAAAGAUAAAAUUGUCAGAAAAAGGCCUACUGUAUAUCCUUUAAAACUACGAUAGGGGCUUGUGAACCACCCCUAAAAAGCCCUUGGAGAAUGGUUACCAGGCUAGUAUGCUCCAAGUACCUAAAUGGUGGUUCCUGAAACCCCAGCCUUAGGUAUAUUUUACCAGCAUAUGAAGGUUAGACAUCUAGAUAAACAAUAUUCAAAUACAAUUCAAUCUCUACAACUGGAUAAAAAGGAGAUUAAAUUUGCUUCCUGAUGUUUUGAGUGACAUCCAUCCCUCUUCUUCAACAUCACUAAAGUAAUAAGAAUAAACUGUUUUUAUCCUGAUAUAAACAGUUUAUUCUAAUGAUGCCAAAGAAGAGUGAUGGAAUGUCACUUGAAACAUUUGGAUGCAAAUUUAAUCUCCUUUUUAUCCUGUUGUAGAGAUUGAAUUACAUUUGAAUAUUGUACCAGCAUUUCCGUUUUCUAUCUACAAAUUGUAGAUUACAGCUGAGUAUGUGAUGCCUUGCUAGCUGAUUACAUUGAUGUGCUCUUAUGUCCAACAUGGUAUUUACUUCACUCCUGUGUGAGUCCCCUGCUGUCUGUACAUCUAUCUAUGCUUCAAGAAGACACAUGUAGAGAGAACAAGAAUGAAACACACAGGCUGAGUCUGCCCGUGUGUACUAUAAUGCUUUUCCUACUAUAGAUAAUAAAGGAACUUUUACUGCUUGAUA